UUUAGACACGUCUUAAAAAUCGUAAAAAGAUCGAAACAGUAUGUAAGCUACUAAGCUAGCAUAGCUAGGGACGGAGCCACGAACGGAAUAAGUAAUUAAUCGUAAUGAUUAUACUACCCUUAAUCUCCCAAUAAAAUCAUCCAACUGUAGCAUCAUAAGAUGCUAUUAUAUCCCUACUACAAGAACUUUCUCACCACCUAACCUCUCCUUUCUUCAUUCCAUCCAUUUUUCAUCUUCUCUCUCCUCCAAUGGACUGAACCUAACAACCCCUUAACAAACUUACAAAAACUCCAUUAAAAUGGCACCCAAAAGCUUAGCUUCUCACUUCAAUAAGCUCUUUUACCCUUUCCUCCUUAUUUUCAUUCAUCUUGGUUGCUUCUUCUUCUCUUCUCACAACAAUAAGAAUAACAAUAAAAACGAUUUUAAUUAUCUACAAUCAAAGAAAAGAAAAUCCUCUAAUAACAUUAACAAUAAGCUAUCCCCUAAAAGAGCGUUUUCAUCUUCUUGGUGUUUUCUAAAGCGCGUUUUCACCUCCUCUAAUAAACGUAUGACCCAACAAACACGCCCUUCAACUCCUACCAAUACUACUACUACUACCGCUUCUACGACGUCGUUUUCGUCUCCGAGAUCGUCUCAACACUCUAUUGUUUUACCCAUUCAUGACUCGGACGAGUUCCGGUCUCGCCCGCGUAAACGCCGAUCCGAGUCAAGGUCCGAAUUCGACUUAUAUGAAAACCCGUUUUUGCCCCUACGCAAUGAUAUCUUCCCUUGCCCUUCUUGUGGUGAAGUGUUCCAGAAGCAGAGCCUUCUAGAACAACAUCAGAGUGUUAAACACGCAGUUUCGGAGCUCCGAGAUGGUGAUUCGGGUAAGAAUAUUGUAUGGAUCAUAUUUAAUACGGGUUGGACUGAUAAAAAUAAACUCCCGAAAAUUCACCGUAUUUUGAAGAUUCAUAACUCCCAAAAGAUCCUCGCGAAAUUCGAGGAUUUUCGUGAGGCGGUUAAGUCUAAGGCGACGCGUGAUAUUGCACGCGCCGCCAGUGGCGCUACGACGCGGCGAGACGAGAGGUGCAUUGUGGACGGUAAUGAGUUGUUGAGGUUUCAUUGUACGACGUUUUUAUGUAACUUGGGGCAACAUGGUAAUUCUGCUUUGUGUAGUCAGGUUUAUUGUAGUGCAUGUGGGAUUAUUCGGUCAGGGUUUUCGCCUAAGUUGGAUGGAAUUUCCACUUUUGCCACUAGUUGGCGGGCUCAUGAGGCGAUCCCUAAUGACGUGGAGGCCGAGUUUGCGUUCAUGAACGUGAAGCGGGCUAUGCUCGUGUGUCGGGUUGUGGCGGGUCGUGUUGGGUGUGAUCCGAUGGUGGCAGAUAAGGAGGACCCGGGAUUUGACUCGUUGGUGGGCCGGAGCUCGGCCGGGAUGGGUAAGAUGGAUGAUGAUGAGCUCCUUGUUUUUAACCCGAGAGCGGUGCUCCCUUGCUUCGUGAUUGUAUAUUCGGUGUGACUUGAAGAGCUGUUUGGGUCGGGUUCAAUUCGAGUUGGUUUACAUCGAUAAAUUUACUUGAUGGUAUCAUGUGGAGAACACGUGAGGUAAUAUGAUGUUGGUCGUUGGAUGAUGAUAAAUUAAAGCAUGCAUGUGUUUUUGUUUAUGUAGUUGGAACUUUGGUUGACAGCCAUGAUUAAACUUGUAAAUAUUUUUCUAGUACCACUUAAUUAGUCUGGUGUCAUUAUCAUGUGAGUCUGUUGUUUUAUCUAAGUCAGAAAACUUGUAGUUUUGAUGAGGAAAAAAUAGAUGAUGUAGGUGUCAAAACCUUCAAGUGAUGUUUGAUAUGUGUUGGAAGGUAAAAUUUUGGUCAUCGUAGAUGAUGUAUGAUCUUUAAUUAAUGUAAUAUUUGCAAUACUAUAUACAGUACUUUGUAGCAAAUUAGUAAUUGUUCGUAUAACAAAUUUCUCCAUAGAUCCCAAAUA